AGAGGAACCUGCUACAACACCUGUAUGAUUUCUCUCCAAAACUCUGCAAAUUUUAAUUCUGAUUUAAUUGUACGCAUACUUGAAGGAAAUGAACAUUUACUCCAAUCAGGAAAGCCCACAAAUUCAAAGAAGGCAAGACUUCCACAGUGCCAACAAAAUGCAGAAGCAAGUGGAGGUCAGGAUGGACGAGAGCCACCUGGAGCCCAGUGUGGACACUCCUGAGAGUGUAUGUGGCAGUCUGUGUGAUAAAAUCAUGAGGAACAUGGUUCUCACUCUCACAAUCCUUGGUGUGUUUCUGGGUUCCAUUGCUGGAAUGCUGCUGCGGCACAUAUCUCCUCUGCCUCCUGAUGUUAUUAUGAUCAUCGCCUUCCCUGGGGAGAUCCUAAUGAGGAUGCUGAAGAUGCUUAUUUUGCCUCUUGUUGUUUCCAGUCUGGUCACAGGACUAGCUGGUUUAGAUGCUAAAUCCAGCGGCCGCUUAGGCACCAGGGCAAUGGUGUACUACAUGUCGACGACGGUGAUUGCAGCCGUCCUGGGAGUGAUCCUGGUGCUGCUCAUCCAUCCCGGGAACCCCAAGCUGAGGGCAAACCUCGGACAGGGAAAGAAGAACGACGAGGUGUCCAGCGUGGACGCUUUCUUCGAUCUCAUCCGAACUUUUCCAGAGAACUUGGUGCAGGCCUGCUUUCAGCAGAUCCAGACCGUAAUCACUAAAAUACCAGUGCCCACUAACAGAACCAAAGCACCUCCACAGUUCACAGUCAAAAGGUCGCUUCAGUUCAAGAGUGGGAUGAAUGUCCUGGGUUUGAUUGGAUUCUUUGUCGCUUUUGGAGUCAUUAUGGGAAAAAUGGGAGAAAAGGCCAAGCUGAUGCUAGAGUUUUUCAAUAUCCUGAAUGAGAUUGUUAUGAAGCUUGUUGGUGCAAUUAUGUGGUACUCCCCUGUUGGUAUUGCCUGCCUUAUCUGUGGAAAGAUCAUCUCCAUUGCUGACUUGGAGGUGGUUGCGAGGCAGCUGGGGAUGUAUAUGGUCACCGUGAUAGUGGGUCUCAUCAUCCAUGGAGGCAUCUUCCUUCCGCUGAUAUAUUUUGUGAUAGUAAAAGAAAACCCCUUCAAGUUCUUCAUGGGAAUAUUCCAAGCUUGGGUCACAGCACUUGGAACAGCAUCCAGUGCCGGUACCUUGCCUGUCACAUUCCGAUGCUUAGAGGAGAACCUGGGCAUCGACAAGAGAGUUACACGUUUUGUCCUCCCAGUGGGUGCCACCAUCAACAUGGACGGCACAGCGCUUUAUGAAGCUGUGGCUGCCAUCUUCAUCGCUCAGAUGAAUGGGAUUGAUCUUGACUGGGGCCAGAUUGUUACUGUCAGCAUGACAGCUACCCUGGCCAGUGUUGGAGCAGCCAGUAUCCCCAGUGCUGGACUUGUGACCAUGCUUCUGAUCCUCACGGCGGUGGGGCUGCCCACUCAGGACAUCAGCCUCUUGGUCGCUGUUGACUGGCUGCUGGAUCGUUUCCGUACCUCUGUUAAUGUGGUUGGGGACUCCUAUGGAGCAGGUAUCGUGUACCACCUUUCCAAACACGAGCUUGACUCCUUCGACUCCCAACAGACCCGGAUGGAGGACUUUGAGAUGGCAAAGACACAGUCCUUCUUUGAAAAUAACACCAACCAGAAUGUAUACGCUCACCACAACUCAAUCUUGAUAGACGACUGCAAGGUCACCAUGGGCAAAAAUGGCAAGACUGCAGAGUUCUCUCUUGUUGAGGAGGGACCAUGGAAAUGCGAGUAAAGCAGAUCCAGAUGCUGCUGCGUCUUACCCUGAGUUCCAACAGUUUUUACUUUUUGCCGUCACAACUAUAAAAAACAACAAAAAAAAAAUCACGUACAAAAGAAGGGAAAAAAAGUGCAAGUUAGCAGAGUCACUGUACCACAAGAACAAACAGUCGGCCAGUCUUUUUCUUACAGUUACCCAACUGGGUAGCUACUGGCGCAAACUACAGAUGAUUCACUGACUUGUAUUAGAUCUUGCAUUUGCACUAACUAGACACAAACUGUAAUGAACUGGUGCAUUCCAUGCACUUUGUACAGAAGAAUAAAUCAUUCAGUUGACAACACUCAGGGCCUUACUUGGUGCUGCUGCAAGCUUCCUGUUCUGUCAACAAAAGAAUUCUCCUACCUUUUGUAUUGAAACAUUUUCAUUGUAGUUUAAAGGGCAGAGAUGAUAUGUGGAUGAUGGCCUUUCCAGUUACAUUUAAUACAAGGACCAAGUGAGGCAUAAUAUAAACGUUGGUGUAAAUCACCUAAGAACAAAUGUUACAGAUCAGCUCAUCAGCAUUUGACAGACUUCAUUACUGAAUGGUUGUCACUAUCAAUGGUUUUGUGUGUUUGUGAUUUCUGACACGCUUCUUAUGAAAUAUCCAUAAACACUAGACCAAAGGCUGAAAAUAAUGCAAACUGGAUUUAUGAAAACAGACCAUGAACUUUGUGUGGUAUUAUGAUGUAAGUGCAGGAUGGUUUAACACUGCAUCACCUUUGACUGUUGAUUUAUGGGAUUACGCCCUGAUGUCACACACAUGGUCAAGCCUAAGAAGCAAAGCUUAGGACUUAGACCACAGUCCAGGAUGUGCUGCAGAGAGCCGUAAAGCAGAAAAUAGAUAUGUGACAGGUGCCCUCCCAGUUAUUUACUUAUUUAUUUAUUUUUUUUUGUAUAUAUGUUCUUUAUGAGUGAAGCACUGAGUUUCUGUUUGUAGUCAAAAAAUGCCUGUGUACUGGAAUUUAUGUGUGUUCAUGUGUGUUUCUGAGAGCAAGAGAGGAAGAUUAACAAGGAAAUAAAUUUGGGGGUUCAAUGAGAGAGUGAAGGGAGGGUGGGGGGUGGGGGGUGUCUCUCAAACACUCAGCGUUUUAUUUCAAACUGUUUAUUUCUUUGCUAUAUGACAACCUUGCCUUGAUGAUGUCAACUGCAGAGUGCAGUCGGUGUGACGACUAAUACAUUUUUGGAUCAAAGUUACCACUUUUCAUUUCAAUAGAAUACUGGGACUCGCAUUUUAGUAGAAGAAGCACACUAAAUUCUGCCUCCAGCACUCAAAUAAAUCUGAAGCCGUAACAAUGUCAUUGGAUGUUGGCUGAAUAUGUACAUGUUUUUGAGUUUAACUCCGUAAGGCAACUCUGUUCAAACCUAGGUGAAAACAGGAUUAUUUAUUUCUCUUCAUAUUUCAUAUAAGCGACAGCUUCUAUAUUCAUGUUUAAAGUGCCUCCUUGCACUUUGUGUAUAUACUCUCUUUAGAUAAAGUGUAUCAAUUAAAUGCAUAGAAUUUGACAUUUUAUGUCAUCUAUCAGAAUUGUUUUUGCUAUGCUAAAGGUUUCUAUAAAGACUAUAACUAUGUAUAUAUAUGUGCGUGUGUAACAAUGUUAGUGCGAUUGUUAAUUUUCCUUUUAUGGGCCACUAGUUGUCUCAAUAGGUUGUGAACUUAGGGUCAUUUAUUUACAAACAAUGCAUUCAAUGUAUCUGUUUUUAAGAGAAACUACUGAGCUCCAAAUGGUUGUCAGAGAAGAAAGCACAACGUUUUUCACUUGUUUAAGGAAUGAAUGUUGUUAUUGACUCAUCGUAGACUUUGUUAUUGAAGGGUUAUGAACACAUUCAGGCAGUUUUGUGUGUGUGGGAUAUUGGUGUUGGCAGCUACAGUAUGUCUACAUGUUGUGAGACCUCUGCAAGCCAUCCAUUGUUUGGCUCAAGCACUGCCUUCCUCCAAAAUGGAAAAGAAUCUUCCUCAGUAAUUGUCAGCAUGCCCUGAUUUAUGUCAAAAACCCAUUAUCUACUAACUCAUUACAUCCCUUUACCAUCUAUUUCAUUUGUUAUUGGGCUUUGAUCUAAAUAAGAACAUGUUCUCAGUCAACUGGCCUAGAUAGCAGGUGUUUUCUAUGAACAUGUGAAAUUGUACAAUCUUUAGACAAUAAAACUUAUAUUUUCUAUCUUUCUUUUUGAUUCUAUGCACAUAUUGGUCCCAGAAUGUGUUCAACAUUGUCCUUGUGUCUGACAUUCACUGUAAUGCAAAACUUCUUUUGACUGUGACUGACUAAAUGCAAGCAGGACUGAAUGCACUCGUACUAAAUGAACUAUAACAGUGCACAAAAAUAUUUGUCAGGCAAACGGACUGAAAGUGUGUAAAUGUUUUAAUACUUGUGUGUAAAUAUGAAUGGAAACAAAUAAAUUUAUUGAUGAGC